CUACUUGUAGCCUCGGUUACAUGGGUUCUUAUAUUUGAGAUCCAGGGUUUCGAUUGGUUGACGAAUGAGGAAGUGUUGUGUAUCCUGUCGGAGAGACAUUAAUUUACGUCUUCAAAGGUUAUGUCCUAGUUCAACUCGGCAAUGUCUCCUAUUCAUCAAUGGACUUAUACCAGAUAUGAUGAACUACCGACAGCACUGAAGUUUUAAAAAUAAACUGAGAUAAUGCAGUUUGUUAUUGGUGCUGGUUUCAAGGUUUUUGUUGCCUAGGGCCUAGAAUUGUAGAAUUGAUGUAAAUCAGUGGACUAAUCAUGGUGUGGGACUAACAAGUCACCACUGGUACCAUGAACCCGAUUGGAUGUUUACAUGUAGUUUCUAGAUACAGUGUGGAGAAGAAUGGCAGAGAAACAGGAAGAGUUAUACAGUGGAACGUCGUUCCCAAGUUCCUCCAUGUCUAGUAAUGAUAACAGUUACCAUCUACAGAAAACAGUGGAAGGUUUCGACUAUGAGUUUGUUCCCAAGCCAGACUCCAUGUACGAGUGUGUCAUCUGUCUCUUGGUUCUUCGUGAACCUCAGCAGACCAAAUGUGGUCAUCGAUUCUGUAAAGCUUGUAUUACUAAAUGGUUACGGGAAUCAAACAAGAGUUGUCCGGUUGAUAAUGAAAAAAUUGUCGAGUCUGAUCUAUUUGCUGACAACUUCGCCAAGCGUGAAAUCCAGAAUUUUAAUGUAAAAUGCCCAAAUAAUAAUCAUGGAUGUGAUGAAGUUGUCAUGUUGAAGUUUAUUCAGAGGCAUGUGGAUGACUGUCCCCUGGGUUUGAUUCCAUGCCCAAAUAAAUGCCCAAAUAUUUUACUGCGAAGAGAUAUCAACACACAUUUAUCAUCUGUUUGUAUUAAUCGAGAGAUUCUAUGUGAACAUUGUGGUGAAUCGAUUAUCUUCAAUAGAUUACAAAAACAUCAUUACCGUUGUCAAGAAUUUCAAGUUAAAUGUAAAUUUUGUGGAUUGGAAAUGGCGAGGAAGAAGAUACAACAACAUGAGAAUUGUGAUUGUGAAAAGGCUGUUGUAAAUUGUAUGUUUCAACCAUUAGGAUGUGAAGAAAAGAUGCAGAAAAAUUUAUCUAAAGAGCAUAUGAAUACAGCUACAUCGGAACAUCUUGAGUUACUGUGUGGUAAAGUUAUUCAGAUAAGUCGGUGGUUGAGCAUUCCACCUGGACGUCACUUCUUUAUGACGGGUGAGAGUGACACGACAUCUAGUAUGCACGCUACACAGGUAUCGGAGGACAUGCUAGUUAAUAUUUCUCCAGUUCUACAACAAUUAAAUCUGACAACUCAUCAAACUGCCUUGAAAUCGCAAGAUGAAAAUGCUCUCAAACAUUCAUCGAAUAUGGACGAAGCUCUUUUGAGCUAUACAUCCAAACCAUCGAAUAACGAAGACAUGUAUGGCAUGACAAACUUACAGAGUUAUAAAUCAACCAUUUACGAAAAUGAUUUCAAAUCGCUACGACAACAGAAUAGUCUUCAGGAUGAGAGUCUGGCGCGACACACCCAGGAACUCACUGAGAUGCAAGAAAAAUACAGAAACAUGGAGAGAAUGAAUCGUGAAUUAAAACUAAAGAUGAGAUCUUUAGAAAAUAAUAUUGCUGAAAUGGACGGACGUUCUUGUAAUGGGAUUUAUAUAUGGAAGAUAAAGGAAUAUUAUAAACUUAAACGUGAGGCUCAACAAGGUGAUACAACGGCCAUACAUAGUCCGCCAUUUUAUUCUAGUUACUAUGGAUACAAGUUGUGUGUGCGCGUUAACCUAAAUGGUGUGGAUAAUGCAAAAGGCGUCUGCCUAUCUGUGUUUGUACAUUUUCUGCAAGGAGAAUAUGACGAUAUUUUGGAAUGGCCUUUUAAUGGAAGAAUAAUACUUUCAGUUCUGGACCAAAAUUCCAUUUGUGAAUACAGAAGGCAUAUUGUCGAAACUUUAAUGGCUAAGCCAACUUUAGCUGCAUUUCAAAAACCUACCACACCUCGUAACCACAAGGGAUUUGGUUACAUGGAGUUUGUUCCCUUAGCUGCUUUGGACAGCGGACAUUUUAUUAAAAAUGACACAUUAAUUAUAAAAGCUCAUGUCAUACCAAAUGGAUAAAUAAACCAAAAAAAUAAAUAAAUGAAAUUUAAUGACUACUUAAUGUGUACAAAUCUACAGUUUUCUCAAUAUCUAGCUAUUAUGCAAUCUGAUUACACUAGGGACCGGGUAUCAUUCAGAUUUGAUGAAAAAAGGAAAGAAACUGAGCUUACCAUCUAUAAUCUAAUACACAUAUUCACUUAAUAGAUUGCCAUGCAGAAAGUAUUAAAUACCAUCAAGAUUCAUCAAAUAAUGCCCAGUUUGUGCUACCGUUUAGUUUGACAUCGGUUGUCUAGUUUAUGAAACUAAAUGGUCAUAAACUGGAUGACCAAUAUCAAAACUAAACUAAAUGGUCAUAAACUAGAUGACCGAUGUCAAAACUAAAUGGUGUUUCUUAAACUAAACGGUAGCAAAAACUGGGCAUUAUUUCAUGAAUCUUGAUGGUAUUUAAUACUUUCUGCAUGGCA